AUGACCGUCUCUAUCCCGCAGUCCUUCGUCAAGCUCGACCCCGCUGAGGGCUGGGGUCUGAACAACCUGCCCUACGGUGUGUUCUCGACCGGCUCGGACGACAAGACGCGCCCCGGUGUCGCUGUCGGCGACAAGAUUCUCGACCUCGAUGCGCUCUCGCGCUCGUCCCACUUCAAGGACUCGCCCGUCCCCGCCGAGGUUUUCCAGGGCGGUAACCUCGACGCCUUUGUCGCCCGCGAGCCCCAGGACUGGGCCAAGUUCCGCGCCUACCUCCAGAAGAUCCUCGGCGUUGACUCGCCCCUCAAGGACGCCUCGGACCUGAACAAGCUCCUCGUCGACCGCGCCAGCGCCAAGAUGCACCUCCCCAUCCGCAUUGGUGACUACACCGACUUCUACGCUUCGUACGAGCACGCCUUCAACUGUGGCUGCCUCAUCCGUGGCCCCGACAAUGCCAUGCAGCCCAACUGGAAGCACCUUCCCGUUGCCUACCACGGCCGCGCCUCGUCCGUCGUCAUCUCGGGCACUCCCUUCCACCGCCCCGUUGGCCAGAUUCUCGAGAAGCCCGGAGACAAGCAGCCCAUCUUUGCUCCCUGCCGUCGCCUCGACUAUGAGCUCGAGACUGGCUUCAUCUACGGCGGCUCUGCUUCCAAGCUCGGCGAGCGCCUCUCCCCCGCCGAGGCCCGCAAGCACAUCUUCGGUCUCGUCCUCCUCAACGACUGGUCGGCCCGUGACAUCCAGACCUGGGAGUACGUUCCCCUCGGCCCCUUCCUGUCCAAGAACUUCUGCACGACCAUCUCGCCCUGGAUCGUCCAGCCCGUUGCGCUCGAGCCGUUCCGCGCGCCCCAGUACGACCAUGACCCCGAGCUCCUCCCCUACCUCCAGGACCCCGAGGGCUACAACUACGCCGUCCCGCUCAACAUUGACAUCAAGCCCGAGGGCGGCGAGUACGACCGCGUCUCGGUGUCGUCGAUGCAGCACACCUACUACACCUUUGCCCAGAUGAUCGCCCACCACUCGUGCACUGGAUGCGGUAUCCGACCCUCCGACCUCAUGGGCUCUGGUACGCUCUCGGCGCCCAACGACGAGGGUCUCGGAUCCCUCCUCGAGCGCUCGCGCAUGGGCAAGCAGCCCUUCAAGCUCGGCAAGCGCGAGGACAUGACCUGGCUCCGUGACGGUGACUCGGUCCGCAUCUCGGCGCUCGUAAAGAACGGCGACGCUGCCGUCAACUUUGGCGAGUGCGAGGGCACUGUCCUCCCUCCCCUCAAGCAGUUCGGCCAGUAA